AUGAUAAAAGUAUAUAAUACAGAAUUUAAAGAAGCAUUACGAGAAAUUGCACAAAGAGUGGCGUACUUCAAUUCACCUUACGAUCGCAUAAGGAUCGUUGAAUGGAGUCGUCGACUAGCCGGAAUUCCAGACAACAGCAACGACGAGAUGAAAAAUCGAAACGAUUACAUUCAAUUAUUAAAAAUAAUGACACGAGGUGGUCGUUUGCAUGGGAUUUUUCUUAAUCCACCACCCGAUAACGAUAUACCUUCAUUGGCUGAAGCAAUGUGUAACUUUUUAUGUAAUAAAUGUAAGGAUUUACCAAAUGCUGGCCCAUUGGAACCAAUAGUAUCAAGACAAACCCCAGACGGUUGUGCUUAUAUUUCGUUUAGAAAGAUCGAAAAUAAAGGGAUUUUGUGUUAUCUGGCAGUUAGUCCCGAUGGAUUGACCAUGCCCGAGAAAAAAUAA